UAGCGGAGGUCUGCAGGGGGGGGUUGUGAUCGCUUGCGCUCUUGGGGGGCUGUGAAACAAAGAGCUGGACUUUGGUGUGCACUUUUGGAAACCGUUUUCUCACUGAGCUCUUGCAUGUUGAUGCAGCGGGCACAGCAGAUCCAGCUCAUUGUGACCUAUAGAUGCAGCGUAGCUCGGCUUGCUGGUGCCUGUAGUUAUGUAGAGUUGCAUAGAGUUACAUGUGGAAGCAAAACGCUUAGCUACAUGUUGCACUGCUGAUCAUCUGUUUGUAUCGCCGCUGAGUCUGCUGGUUUAGGCGGCGGCUUCCUGACUUUAAGAUUGACUUUAAGACUAAAUGCAUAUUUCUUUAUUUUUACAUGCUGAGUCUAUGAGAAAUUAGUUUUUUUCCACUGUGUAAGCUUUCCUAUACCUUUUUGGUGCUGUCUCCAAACUGCUGCAUGUCUCGCUGGGCUGGGUGACUUGUUCCAAAAUGAGUAAGAGAAAAGGCAAAGUGAUCACUGAAGCAACAACUUUCAAGAGCCGCAAAGUCGCAGCUGCGAGUAUCGAAAAUACGCCGGAUGAUGCAAACCCAAGUCAUCAGGGGAUCUGUUCCAAGGCCUUCGCUCAGUUUGCUACAGGCGACAUUGGACUCAUUGAAAGCAUCACUCUGAAGAAUUUCAUGUGCCACCAUUCUCUUGGGCCGUUCCAGUUUGGGCCAAACGUGAAUUUCAUAGUCGGCCACAAUGGAAGUGGAAAAAGCGCUAUACUGACCGCUUUGAUUGUAGGCCUCGGGGGAAAGGCCACUGUGACGAACAGAGGAAUGUCACUGAAAGACUUUGUGAAGACCAAUGAAAAUACUGCAGAUAUAACAGUGAAGCUGAGAAACAGAGGGCCAGAUGCUUACAAAAAGGAUGUUUACGGCGACAGUAUCACCAUUGAACAUCGGCUCUCGAGUGAUGGAUGCCGGACCUGCAGGCUGAAAAGCAAAUCAGGACAUCUCGUCUCAAACAAGAAGGAGGAAUUAACGGCCAUUUUGGACCACUUUAACAUCCAGCUGGAUAACCCAGUAUCCAUCCUCAGCCAAGAAAUGAGCAAGCAGUUCCUGCAUUCAAAAAGUGAAACAGACAAGUAUAAGUUCUUCAUGAAAGCAACUCUGCUCGAACAGAUGAAGAGAGAUUACAUCCACAUUAAAGACACUAAAACGGUCACGCGGCAGCAGGUUGAGAGGCAAGAGGAGUGUCUCAAGGACCUGAAGCAAGAGUUUCUGCAGAAGAAAGAACGAUAUGAAAAUGUUGCAUCCUUCAGUGACAUGAAGGUUGUUUUGGAGAAUCUGAAGAAGGCGAUGGCAUGGUGUUUGGUGAGUGACAAGGAGCAGCUCUUAAAGCAGUUGAAGGAAGACAUUGAAAAGGAAGAAAAUAAUUACAAACCCAAGGAUAACCUUCAGCUCUGUCAGACGAAGAUCAUACAGCUAGAGAAGAAGCUUCAAUGCAUCAAAAGCAAAAUUGACACUCUGAGAGAAGAGCAAGAGUCUCUAUCAGAGGACAAUGUGAAGUUGAAAGAACAAGUGAAGAGCAUUAGCAAAGCACACAAGGACCAGGAGGUCGUUUAUUUUCGAGCUCUAAACAAGCUGAAACAGUCGGAACAAGAGCAAAACCUUCUCCAGGAGAAGCUUAACAAGGCAAAAGCAAGUAAGAGUCUGAACAGUGAGGGAGACUCGGAAUACACGAAACGGCAGAAGAGUUUAAGUAAUCUGAAAGAGCAGCUUGCAGAGCUCGAGAAUAAGUGCACGCACCUGAAUCAAGACAUCAAGAACAAACAUCAGGCGCUUCUCAAAGGGAAGGAAGAACGGGACAAGCUGAGACUGGAGGAAAGGAACGUACAGGCUUCAUACGAGUCCAAACUAAAGAGGAAGAAUCAGCUGCUCGCCAGUCGAUCGAACAAACUAAAGCGCUUUGGAGACCAGAUGCCUGACAUGAUGAGUGCAAUUAGCGAGGCUUAUGCCACGGGACGCUUCCUCAAGAGACCUGUUGGUCCAAUAGGGGCAUGUAUCAGUUUAAAGGAUGCCUCGUUAGCUGUGGCUGUGGAGUGCUGUCUGCGGAGCUUCAUGAAGGCGUUCUGUUGCGACAACUACAAAGACGAGGCGGUCCUCCAGGAGCUGAUGACUCGCUUUUAUCCAAAGGGCAACAGGCCCCAGAUUAUCGUCAGCCCCUUCUCUGAUAAACUGUACAACAUUCAUGGAAGGAAAGCAUAUCAUCCGGAGUACCCAUCAGUACUGGACAUAAUCACAGCAACAAGCCCAGUCAUUAUCAACAGUCUGAUUGAUAUGCGAGGGAUAGAAUCAAUCCUUAUAAUCAAAGAAAAAGAUAAAGCGAGGAGGGUCAUGCAGCACUGCCGUCCACCUAAAAACUGCCGUGAAGCCUUCACUGUUGAGGGGGAUCAGGUGUAUCCAAACCGUUAUUACACGUCUGAUUUCAGCAUGGCAAAAUAUCUCGGUGGGGAUAUUGAGACUGAAAUAAGUAUGCUGGACUCAGACCUGGAGAAUUACCAGGCUCAGCUGUCCAGGUUUCAGCUCCAAGUAAACUCUGUCACUGAAGACAUUGUGAAUAUGGAGGGCAAUCUUAACAACACCAUCCUGACCAUGAAGACAACACUGGCUUCUGUGAAUCAUGUCAAAGCAGCAAUAACUGAUCUGGUGACUGCCAAUGAGGAGCAAAUUAAUGACAUCAGCUCACUGGAAGAAGUUGCCCAAGAGAAUCAGCAGAAAAUCGAGGCAGAGAAGCAAAGCGUUCAAGAAGCAAAGGUAGAACUCGACAAGCAGCGAAAAAUGGCCGAAGACUCAGAUUCCAAGUACUCAUCUGUCAGAGACCGGAUUGAUCAGCUUCUAGAGGAAAUGGAGCCCCUGAAGGAUGAACAGCUGAAACUGGAGACGGAGUGUGCCAAGCACGAACGAAGCCUGAAAAUCUUAGAAAACAAAGUGAAGGCUCAUGAAGACAACAUUGAAGGCAUGAAAAAUGAGCUUGCCCAAAGAGAAGAAGAGCUACAGGAAUACGUGGCAAAGGCUACAGAGAUCAGUCCUGAACGGCAGCACGUGGCCGGCAACACCAAGAGCAUCGACACAGAAAUCACUCGACUGAAGAAGAAGAUCAAAGUGUACGAAAGCAACCAUGGCGAGCAGGAGCAGGUGGUCAGGGAGUACGCCGAGGCCCUCGCUCUCUACAGAGAGAAAACCAACCAAGUAAGAGAUUUGCGGAGGUUCAUCGAUCGGCUGGAUAACAUCAUGUCAGACAGGCAGAACAGAUACAAAAUAAUGCGUAGGUCCCUGUCUGUCAGAUGUAAGUUAUACUUCAAUAACUUCCUAAUAAAGAUGAACUGCUGUGGAUCUAUGAUUUUUGACCACAACAACGAGACGCUCUCUAUCAUGGUAAAGCCUCCAGGCAGGGAGGAGGAUGGCGUGAGUGACAUGAGGUCGCUGUCUGGUGGUGAGCGCUCCUUCUCCACUGUUUGCUUCAUGCUUUCACUGUGGGAGAUCACCGAGUCACCCUUCAGAUGCCUCGACGAGUUCGACGUCUACAUGGAUAUGCACAAUCGAAGAAUCUGUCUGGAUCUGCUUCUGGAGUUGUCAGAGCGGCAGCAUCUUCGACAGUUUAUCUUCAUUACUCCUCUGAACACCAGCAAUCUACCCAAGUCGGACCUCAUCAAAAUCCACCAGCUGCGGGCUCCAGAAAGACACCGGGGUCAAACAGAAGAUGAAGAUGUUUAAACUGAGCUUCAGUGACAUCAGUGGAUGAAUGUUAAUGGGCAUUACUGUAUACAGUUAGAAAAAACGUUUAUGAACCCUUUUGAAUUACCAGGAUGUCUUCAUUUAAUUGCUCUAAAUGUGGUGUGAGCUUCACCUAAGUCCCAGUGGUAUGCUGGCUAGAGUAAACAGGCUAUCUCAAGAGCUGUUUACUUUAGCCGGAAAGAGUAAGUGUGCUUUUGAAUUUAGUUAUUUCGUGACGUGUAGAUCCUCCUCGGGUAGCAACAACUCCCAUCAGACAUUUCCUGUAGCUGGUCUUGAAACUUGUACAGUGAUGAGGCAUUUUGGACCCCUGCUUCCUACAAAAUCGUUUCAGUGCAUUAACAUUUAUGGAUAACGCACAACAUCUUACUUGAAUUAAGACAGAGACUCUGCCUUUAUCAUUACAAAACCCAGUUUUCUUUAUCAGCUGUUCUGUUGUUGGCUUGCUUAGAAGUUCUUGAUACAGUGCCAGGCUCUGAGGUAUCAAAGCAACAUCGGUCCAUGGUUUUAAAAUUAGAUCAAUAGCAACAUAUGAUAUAUUACACCGUGCCAUUAUUCAUUUAAGAAAAAUGCAGCGCCCGCAGGUCGGCCGCUACAUUUCAACCACAAGACCUACGUGCGCCUGCUCACCUAAUAGCUGAAGCAGCACCCUUCAGGUCUGGACUUUGACUGAGUCAUUGCAACACCUUGAUAUUUUUUUUCUUUUUCCGCCAUCUGAUGUAGAUUUGCUGCUGUGCUUGGGAUCAUUGUCCUAUUUUAUGGCCCAGUUUGGGCCAAGCUGUUGGACAGAUGCCCUCACAUUUGACUCUAGAAUACCUUGGCAUACAGAGGAGUUCAUGGGGUUGGGCUUGAAAGCUGUGGCUGCAAAGCAAGCCCAGGUUAUCACCCCUCCGCCACCAUGUUUGACAUUGUGCUGAUAUACUGUGUUUGCUUUUCACUAAACGUGGCGCAGUGCGUUAUGGGCAAACAUCUCCGUUCUCGUCUUUCGAAGGCAGAUUGUUCCAGAAGUCUUCGUUAGAUCCAUCUUUUCGAACCCAAGCCGUACUGCCACGUUGUUUAUAGAGAGAAAAGCUUUCUCCUGGCAACACUUGGAAACAAACCAUACUUGUUCAGGCUUUUUCUAAUUGUGCUGUCAUGAACUUUAACUUUUAACACGCUAACUGAAUCUGAGACGUAGCUCUUUUUUACACUUGCUCUGAGCAACGCUCAACGCUCUGGCUUCGGGGUGAAUUAAGCACCUUGAUCGACCGUUAUUGCGAUUUGGCACUACAUAAAUAAAAUUGAAUUGAAUUUGCUGGGACAUCCACUACUAGCAAGACUAAGCACUGUGUAAAAUGUUUUCCACAUUAAUCUUUGUCAUUACAGCAGGGUGUCCUUCAAGUUGUUUGAAAAUGGCCUCGUAACCUUUUCCAGAUGAGCAGCAACAACCGCUUUUCCAAGAUAGCUGCUGAUAUCUGUACUCGUUGGCAUUGUUUUAACUGACCCAGACCUCCAAACUAAUAAAACUUCCGCUCACAAUUGGAGCUCACAAUUGCUGAUGAUGAUUUAGUCAAGUGCAUUUGAUUAGCAGCACCUGGCUCGUACCCACCCCCUGAAUUCCUUUGGAAACAGUAAGGGUGUACUUAAAUUGCAUUUUGGUUUAAUUAUUAAUGGCAAAGUGUAAUAUGUCAUGUUUUGUAGGUCAGAUUAGGUUGUAUUUACCCAAUUUUAAAGACCUGCUAAAGCCACGACUACUUUCAUUAUGUCCUGAUAAUAAAACCUUAAAACUGACAGGCAAACAUCCAGGUGAUCGUUUGCAGGCUUGAAAUGUACCACAGUAUGUUUGUGUGGAGUGUUUUUUGUUUCUUUUGUUGCACUGAUUUCGAUGAAGGCUCACAAAAACCAAUCUUUCUUGAGAUUCUUUUUUUGUUUUCUUUUUCAUUUCUAUGAACAAGCUGUAAUUUUUACAGCUGUGUCCAAGCAGCUGUUGUUGUUGCUCAUGUGAAGGCUCGUGUAGUUUUUUUUCUUUUUUAGCCUACAGUUUGAGUGCUUUGAGCGAUUGCUCAGUGUGUUCACUAAAGGCUGCUUUUAUAAUUAGUUUUGUGUUUCUCUAUUAUCGUUACGUAGAUGAAGAUCACGCCACAUUUUUAACGAGGACUAAAUGAAGCCGUAGUUGCAGCUGUAUAUCAGUAUUACUGUGUGUUUUGGAGACUGCUGUUUUUUAAAAUGUCAUUUUUCUUGUGAUGAGCACUCGUAAGGCACAGAUCCAUCCCUCUUGGAUCAUGUAAUGGAUUUUGAGUUCUCAACUUUUUAUUUUAUGUAAUGUUUUUAUCAUUUUAUGGCAAAUGAAUGCAGGCUUUUAAAACAACACAGGAGGUUGUGUGCCAAAAAUCAUGCACUGUACAAAGUUAAUGUUUUGUCCAUAAUAGAUACAAUGCCUGAGUGUAAUUUUAAAGUUUUAAUGAAACACCGAGUGGCUGAUGAUGA